GAGGAGCAGGGGCGUGUCUAGGCGCCUCCUCGCUGACACCUUCGUUGGUACCCCUGCCCGGCGGCUGCCCCCUGGCUUCCAUCACCCUGGGCCCCUAGAUCCUCAAAGGUUGGAGGAGACAACGUUAAAGGCACAGAGUUUAUUGGGGAGUCUGGCCCCAGGACCCGCGAGUUCUCAGCAGGUGGGGCGGCGCGGAUGGCGCUCCUGGCCUCCGAGCGGUAGCGGGCGCUGUGCCUCGGCGUGGCCUCUGGGGAACGGGGCGCACACAGCGCAGACGCACUCGGGACUGCUUCUGCGUCUCCACGUGUGAACUUUCCCGGCACGUUUUUGAGAAAAAUGCCCAAAUUCAAGGCGGCCCGCGGGGCCGGGGGCCAGGAAAAACACGCGCCCCUUGCCGAGCAGAUUCUGGCCGGGGACGCGGUGCGGGCAGGGGCCCGGGAGAAGCGGCGCGGUCGCGGGACCCAAGAGGAGGAAGAAGAGUAUGUGGGGCCCCGGCUGACCCGACGGAUUUUGCAGCAAGCGCGGCAGCAGCAGGAGGAGCUCGAGGCCGAGCAUGGGACUGGAAGCCGGCCCGCGGCGCCGCGGGAGCGCAUCACGCGCCUGGGUCCAGGAGUGCCGCAGGAUGGAUCAGAUGACGAGGACGAAGAGUGGCCCACCCUGGAGAAGGCUGCCACGAUGACAGGGGCCGGCCAGCAUGCAGAGGUGGCUGUGGACCCUGAGGAUGAGCGUGCCAUUGAGAUGUUCAUGAAUAAAAACCCUCCUGUCAGGCGUACCCUGGCUGACAUCAUCAUGGAGAAGCUGACUGAGAAGCAGACGGAAGUUGAAACAGUCAUGUCCGAGGUGACAGGAUUCCCUCUGCCCCAACUGGACCCACGGGUCCUAGAGGUCUACAGAGGAGUCCGGGAGGUGUUAUCCAAGUACCGCAGUGGGAAGCUGCCGAAGGCAUUUAAGAUCAUCCCUGCACUCUCCAACUGGGAGCAGAUCCUCUAUGUCACAGAGCCUGAGGCCUGGACCGCUGCUGCAAUGUACCAAGCCACAAGGAUUUUCGCAUCUAACCUGAAGGAACGCAUGGCCCAGCGCUUCUACAACCUUGUCCUGCUCCCCCGGGUACGAGAUGAUAUUGCUGAAUACAAACGACUCAAUUUCCACCUCUACAUGGCACUCAAGAAGGCUCUUUUUAAGCCUGGAGCCUGGUUUAAAGGGAUCCUCAUCCCACUGUGUGAGUCCGGCACCUGUACCCUCCGGGAAGCCAUCAUCGUGGGUAGCAUCAUCACCAAAUGCUCCAUUCCUGUGCUGCACUCCAGCGCGGCCAUGCUGAAAAUUGCUGAGAUGGACUACAGCGGUGCCAACAGCAUCUUCCUGCGGCUGCUGCUGGAUAAGAAGUACGCACUGCCCUACAGGGUGCUGGACGCUCUGGUCUUCCACUUCCUGGGGUUCCGGACGGAGAAGCGUGAACUGCCCGUGCUCUGGCACCAGUGCCUCCUGACUUUGGCCCAGCGCUAUAAGGCAGACCUGGCCAUGGAGCAGAAAGAGGCCCUCCUGGAACUGCUCCGGCUGCAGCCCCAUCCCCAGCUGUCCCCUGAGAUCAGGCGUGAGCUUCAGAGCGCAGUGCCCCGAGAUGUGGAAGAUGUUCCCAUCACCAUGGACUGAGGAAACAGCCACUCAUCCUGGUCUGAGGGGUGUGGGAGGAUCCCAGGAUCCCAGUUAAGGUGACACCGAGCCUUUACAACUGGGCAGUGAGAGCUCCUGGGCACCUGGGACCCCCCGGUACCCUGCAGGGCGGACCGAGGGUCAGGCCGUUGUUCCUGCUCAGUUCUGGAACCUGUUUGAGAUCCACACCCCAGGAUUCCCACUGCCCUGCUGGGGCUUGGAGUUCUUUCUCCCAGGCCAUGUCAAGUCCCUGGGAUGUGGAUGAAAAGGCGGGUAUUUAUUGAGCGUCUGUUUUAUUGUCAUCAAUGCAGAUCUUUCUGUUUUCCCUCUUUAUCUAAAGGUAGGGAUUACUCUUCCCUGUUCCUGUUUAGGAGUGGAUUCUUACCCAGUAUACUGAGGACGCCCACCCCUAUCCUAACUCUCCAAGCUCGUUCCUCCAGGCUAUACCCAGAGUUAGCCCCUACGGGGCUCGUCUCUGCCUUUCCCCAAUACAGGCUGUUUUGGGAGAAUGCCAGGAACCAGGAGGUUCAAAAGAAGGUCUGUCUCAGCUGUGGGUGGAAGAGCUAGAGGAGAGGGCCCCUAGAGCCGUGGUCAGCAAACUGCGGCUCGCGAGCCACAUGCAGCUCUUUGGCCCCUUGAGUGUGGCUCUUCCUAAGCCUUAGGAGUACCCUGAUUAAGUUAAUAACAAAGUACCUACCUAUAUAGUUUAAAAAAUUUGUCUCUCAAAAGAAAUUUCAGUCGUUGUACUAUUGAUAUUUGGCUCUGUUGACUAAUGAGUUUGCCGACCACUGCCCUAGAGCAAGCAUGUCAAACUCAAAGGCUGACAUGGGCCAAAUAAAGUAGGCCUUGGCCUACGAGCCACGAGUUUGACAUGCUUGCCCUAGAGGGAAGUGGAAAUGCAAAGGCCAGACAGAUCAGAGAAUAUUGGUUGUGCCCAGGAUAGUUAGAGCUGGAUCACCACCAGACAAGUUCCCUUUCUGGCUGAGAGCAUUAGACUGGAGGUUGGCAAACUAGGGACAUAUGCCCAUUUCUUAUGGCCAUGAACACCAAGAAUGGUGUUUACAUUUUUUAAUGGACGGGAAAAUUCUUUUAAAGAGUAUUUUAUGGUAAGUGAAAAUGAUGUGAAAUUCAAAUUCCAGUGUCCAUAGUUUUAUUGGAACACAGCCACUCCCAUCUAUUUACAUGUUUCCCAUGGCUACUUUCAUGCUGCAAUAGCAGAGUACAAUCCUGGAACCCUUGUUUGCCUUUGAAAAUGUCACUUUGUUCCAACCCAAUUAAUAUAUUUGGGAACAAUUUUAUCAUAAAACAAAUAGCACAUA